GGGUGAGAACACUGUGGUUUUGAUGAUCUGUGAUUGGAUGAAUUAAUCAGUCUCCACUGGGAAGCCAGGCUUAAUGUGAUGGAAACACUCUUGAACUUGGUGUCCAGAAGACAAAGGCUUGAGUUACAGCUCUGUUAGUUUUACUGUGACCUUGGAGCCAGAAUUCACAAUGACAACAGUAACCGUAACCACAGAGGUUCCCCCAAGGGGUAAAAUAGAAGAUAAUUCUGCCUUGUAUGAGUCCACAUCAGCUCAGAUUAUUGAAGAGACUGAAUAUGUGAAAAAGAUCCGAACUACUUUGGAAAAGAUCCGAAAUCAAAUUUUUAAAGACGAAGUAGGACGUAACAGCACAAAUCACAAACUAGAAACAAAGCGCUGCCCAAACAUUCACAGCGGCUCUGGUUCUGAAAUGGAUCCCUCGUAUUGCAGUUUGCAUCUGCUCGUGGAAAGGAUGAAAGGAAAAGACCUGAAGCUCUUAGAAAUGAACAAAGAGAAUGAAGUCUUGAAAAUCAAGCUGGAAGCUUCCAGAGAAGCAGGAGCGGCGGCUCUGAGAAACGUGGCACAGAGGUUAUUUGAAAUCUACCAAACACAGUCGGAAGAAGUUAGAAAGAAACAUGAGGAUGAUAAACACUUCCUCAAGGUUAACAAACUUGAAAAGGAACAACAACUGAAAAAACAUGUUGAAAAUCUGAAUCAAGUUGCUGAAAAGCUUGAAGAAAAACAUGAUCAAAUCACAGAGUUGGAGAACCUUGUACAGAGGAUGGAAAAGGAAAAGAGAACACUGCUAGAAAAAAAACUGUCUUUGGAAAACAAGCUGCUACAACUCCAAUCCAACGCUACAUAUGCUAAAAGUUGCCACGAUCUUCAAAUGGAGAUUGCCCUUCUCCAGGAGCAGACCUCUCAUCUGCAGUUUGUGAUUCAUUCCCAACAUCAGAACCUGCGCAGCGUCAUCCAGGAGAUGGAAGGAUUAAAAACUAAUUUGAAAGAACAAGAUAAAAGGAUUGAAAAUCUGAAAGAAAAAGUUAACAUACUUGAAGCCCAGAAUAAAGAACUAAAAACCAAGGUGGCACUUUGGUCUGAAACUCUUAGAACAACAGUAUCCAAGGGUGUCUCUACAAGUGAAUUGAAGACUGAAGGCACUACGCCCUAUCUGAUGUUGAUCAGGCUCCAGAAAUGAGCUGACUAGCUGAAGAUCUCAAUAAGGAAGAUCACUAUGUGGGUCUUAUUUAUUCCUUGAAACACAGACUAAAUGUGCAAGUUAAAAUGGCUCACUGGCAGUAUUCAAUGGGAUUUAUUAUACGUCAACGGCUCUGCAGGAAGAGGACACUCCAGAAAAUCAAACAAAUGUAUAUUCAAGGCAAGGAACUCUUCCUUCAAAACUUAGUGAAUGGGUGAAGAGACCUGGGGCAUUUGAUGGAAGAUGAAUUUUUUUUUAAACUUCAAAAAGAAUCUGAAUAUUUUUUGCAGAUUUUUGCUGAAGGGAGUGGUUUAAGGUUGUCAACUAUAACCUUCUGAUAGUGGUUUUUAUGUAUAUAAAUGGAAGAGUGUAUGUACAUGUGUGUGAAUAAAUGAUAUAUUUUAAAGUUAAACAAGAAAUAUCCUAACAUGAAUUUAUAAAUUCAUCUCCUGACCUAUCAUUAGUAGGAGAGUUAUUCUCUAUGGCAUUAUGGGCAGAAGUAGGUUCUUUUUAGCUAAUUCCCCAAUCCAUCCAACCCUCCACUGCUAAGAAUCACGGCAUCUUACCGCACCUCUGGAAGCCAUUGUUCUUCAGCUGGGAUUGAGAAUUGGUUGUGAGAGAAAACCCACAAGUAAGCAUGAAGAAAUGCAGUUUGUGACUCUGACCUGGUGCCUAAUUUUCUUUAUAAGAUUCAUUGUAUUAGCUAAGAAAAUAUUUGGGGGAAAGAAUAGGAACACAAUGCCGUCAGCUCACACCUUCACAAAAAUACGUGCAUUGUGGGUUAAGAGGAACAGUGGCUACUGUCUAUAGCUGGGAAGAUUCUCCAUCCAUCGUAUGUCCAGUGCCUUGGUGAAAGUGUGCUUGCAUUUUGAUACAGGCAUUCAUCACAGGUGAGUUUGUGCUUGCUAUGAGGAAAACCAGACUCUAAUUUGUAGAAGUGCAAACGGGCUAACAGGAUAGAAGGCACUUGAACUGAAUGAAUAAUGGGCAGACUUAGCCCUGCUGAAGGGUGAAUUACCUGUAAGCCUUUUGAUUAUCCUCUCUGGUGUAUGACUGUAAACAUUUUCUCAGGAAAGCUGCUUCAAGCCUUUCAAUGUGGAAUGUGAAAUGUCAGUAUUAUCUAUGAAAUAUUUAAAAAUACAUUCAAAUGAGAUUAAGUGACGCAUUUAUAAAUUCAUUGACGUACUGUAAUCCUUGAAAUGUUGCGUAACUAUAUGUGUGCAUUUCGUGAAUCAUGUUUUUAUUGCUUGCUGGUUUUUCAGAUGUAGUUAUUUAAUAACAUUUAUGACACGGCUCCGAUGCCAGGAACAAUUCUAAGUACUUUACCUGUAUUAAUUGCUUUAAUCUACCCAAAAGACCUCAAAAGCAAGUCAUACUAUUAUUACCAUCUCACAGGGGUGGAUGCUGUGAGGUCCGGUAAUUUUCCCUGCUGCUACAAUGGAGCGAGGAUUUGGACCUCUUGAUUUGGCUGUCAGUAUUCCUUCUACCUGCUCGCUUGAUGGUCUGAGAUACUCCCACACUAUAGAAAUGCUUUUUCUUUUUGCUACUUUAAUGACACAGCUUCCUUGUUGGCUAUCUGCACCACCCUGUGAGUGACAGAAAGAACCUUUACUCAUAAAGUAAAUAUUUUCCUGCAAUAAGUUGGCCUUUCACCUACUUGGACUACCCUCAUAAGAACGUAGUUCAGAACAACUUGCUAAAAAUCUUCUAAUUUUACAUUUAUUAUCAUGAUCUUAUACCACAUGGAAGGCUUUUGGGCAGUGUAUUUUCAGGCACAUUUGUGGGAGAUUGGGAUCAUGAAUUCUGCUUCAAGCAUUUGCAGGGUAGUGUGUGAAUUCACUUUUCACCUGGUGAUCACUUAGGUUCCUCUUACACCUCAAUCACCAAGCUGGAUGUUAAUAAAUGCGAGAUUUUGGAAUGGAUCCAUUGAACAGACCUAACAACCAGAAUGAUUCCCAUUAGAAUAAUGUAUUCUAAAGACAAAAAUAGGAAGACACUGCUGGAUUUAAUGUAGGUCUCACUCU